AUGGUGGCACCAGGCAUCGACGGCCUCGAUACGCCGCGAACGAACAUUGGCGAUGCGACCUACCUCAACAGACAGCCCGACUUCGAUAUUUCACAAGAGGCCUCGUUCCAGUCCCCUCCAGCAAAGGAAAACAACCUGCUUCAACAACUGCGCAAUGGACGCUCUGGGGGCAUCAACCUUCGCACCCCGCGCGGUCGCGGACCCUUUGCUGACCGGAAGAAUCUGCCUGCCGGCCUUGGAGGGGCCGAGUUCACGCCCAUGCUCAAGUCGGCUACGCGAAACAGCACCCGCCGUAGAUCGGGGAAGGAGAAUGGCGCCGUGCCGAACACGCCCGCACUCGGCAGGGUCGACGAGGACAUGACGCCAAUCCCAAACAUCGACACAUCCAUCUACCAGUCUCGCUCAUUCGUGGAUCGCACCCCCCUUCCCGAAGUGGACAGUACGAGCACUGCCACCACACCCCUCGUUGUGCUGCCGCGGCGCGACGGAAAGGGGCCUUUGCAGGACGGGAACCAACUGUCGCUUCGGGAGCAGGAAAGCGUAAUCGAUAAGAUCGAGAAGGAGAACUUUGGUCUCAAGCUGAAGAUUCAUUUCCUCGAAGAGGCCCUUCGAAAGGCCGGUCCUGGCUUCAGCGAGGCGGCUUUGAAGGAAAAUACUGAGCUGAAGGUCGACAAGGUGACGAUGCAGAGGGAGCUUCACAAGUACAAGAAGCACCUUACCUCGGCAGAGAAGGACCUCGAGAGCUACCGACAGCAAAUGAUGGAACUGCAGGAAAGAGCCAAGCGGAAGUACGCAGAUCAAAAGCAGCUGGCAGAGAUUGAGCGUCUACAGCAAGCCCUGGAAGACAGAGAGGCCGACCUCGACGACAUGCAGCGUCAGCUGAGCCAGGGACACCAAGACCAAGGCCAGGUGGAUAAGCUGCAAGACGAGAUUGUUGAUCUGGAAGCGGAACUUCGCGAAAAGGAGCGUUUACUCGGGGAUCACGAAGACGAAAUCGACGACCUCAAAACGAAGCUGGAAGAAAUGGAAGACAAGAUGAAGGAUACCCAAAGGCGAAUGAUUGAGCUCGAACAGAACGCGCAGUCUAACGACGAGUUGGAGGAGGCGAAAGACACCAUCGACGAGCUGGAAACCAAUGUCCGUCGCUUGGAGGGGCAGGUCAACGACAUGAAAGACAAGCUCAAUCAGACGAUCGCAGACAAGGAACAGGCCAGGAACGACUUGGAAGAACUCCAAGACGAACUGGCUAAUAAAUCGGUGCUCACCAAGGGUCUUUCUCGCCAAAAGGAGGAAAAGCUUUUGCGGUUACAGACUGAGCUGGAAGAGGCAGACUCAAGAUUUGCCGCCAUCGAAAAACAACUCUCAGAAACGGUACUGGAAAACGACAACCUCAAAGCCGCCGCCAAGGAAAGCCGCCGCGAACGCGAGGUCGCAGAUCGGGAACAUCGCUCUCAGCUAGCCAGAGUCGAGCAGGAGCUUUCCGAAAUGGCAAAAGAGAAAGACAGCCUCAAAAGUGUCGCCCGAGAGGGUCGUCAAGAACGGGAGCUCUCCGACCUUGAGCGCCAGUCGCUGCUGGCUCAGGUGGAAGACCUCAAAAAAGAGGUGCAGUCCAGGGUAGACGAGAAGAACCUCUUGCAGAGCCGUCAUGAGGCACUGACGAGCGAGUCCGCCUCCCUUCAGCGCGAUGUAGCGCGCCUACAGAAAUCUGUUGAUGAGUUGGAAGAAAGCCUCACCCAAGAACGGGAUCACGCAUUGGAGAUCGAAAGAGACAUACGUGGCCAAUACAGAGAUGAGAUUGACCGACUAAACGAUGAAAUCUCGGAUCUCCAAGCCGAGAUCCGCGAAAAAGACAACUUGUACGACAACGACAGUGAAAAAUGGGAAACGGAGCGCCAAACUUUGGAGUCGGAACGCAAACGGGCGGAGGAAAAGGCCGUUGGGCUGGAGAGGACCAUUGAGAAGUUACGCGAAGCAGAGGGCAACUUGUCAACCAAGGAGUCAAGGCUACAAGAAGCACUGGAAAGUGAGGCCCAACGGCAUAAAGACGAACAUGCAUCGCUCACCCGACAAAUCGAGAACCUUCAGCAAAAUCUUGAGUCUCGCCAGGCUCUGCUCACCGAGCUUCGGAACGAACUGUCACAGGUCCAGGACGAAUUACGGCAGACCCAAUUAGACUACCAAGCCCAGACCGAGAAGGUCGAGGCCUUGGAGGAUGAGGUGGAAGUUCUCCAAACGACUUUGGACGAAGAGUCUGAACAGUCUCGUGAGGAGGUGGAAGCUGCGAGAAAAGAAUGCGAUAGCUUGAAGCAGCAACUGGAUGAAGUGCGUCGUGGGACGGUGUCAGUGUCACAAGAAAGCACCAAGUCGAACCAGACCAUCGACCGGCUUCGUGCUCAGCUUGACGAGGCAACUUCGCUCGUCUCCAAGCUGAACAAGGAGAAAGAACUGCUCCAGAACCAACUUCAGACGCAGAUCUCGGAAUCAACUGUGCAGUUGAACAAGGUAUCCCGGGAAAAGCAGUCGCUGCAGGAUCAACUUGCCAACCUGAACCUCGAGAUGCAUUCCUUGCGCAACUCACUGGCCGAGGCAAGAGCAGAGCGCGAUGAGGUCGAGAGUGAGAUGAACCGUCUGCAUCAUAAUGGCGAAGAAACACUUCGCAUCGACCGCGAACGACUAGACUUGAGAACGUCAAAAAUGAAGCUUGACAACGAAGUACGGCGACUGAAGGACGAGAACGCUGCGUUGACGGAGCAGAUGCGCUCAGUCGAGAAGUCGCUCGAGGACGAGAUUGAGAAGGCCGCCGAAGAAGAGGACCGCCUCAACCAAGAGAUUCGUCAGCUUCAAGCGAAGCUUCGAGAGGUGUCCUCCUCAGAAGGUCAUGAAUCGGCUGCUAGCCGACGCACCAUCCGUGAGCUUGAGCGACGCAUCAAGGACUAUGAGGACCAGCUGGCGAUGACGCAACAACUUCCCGUCAACGGCGGUGAAGGCAAUAGCGAGAUGUCCAUCAUCCGCCGCGAUCUGUCCACAGCACGGCAGAAGGAGCGGGAGUACCUUCAACGAGAGGCAGCCCACAAGGAUGCUGUCAAGGGUCUCAAGAAGCAAAUAACGGAACUCGAACGAAAGGCCCACGACGCUGAGAUGUCUCGACUGAUCAUGUCUCCCGCUUCAUCCAGCCCUUCAGCCAAGAAAUCCGAAGUGUCCGAGCUGCGCUACCACCUAUCCUCGGCUCAACAAUCAAUCCACGAACUCAAGACCAAGGCUCGCGACGCUGAACGCAGAGCCUCACAACUUGAGCGAGACUUUCAAACACAGCUCGACGACCUGGAAGACCAGAAGCUUGCGCUUGAGCAGGCUCUCGAGGACGCCCAGCGGGAUGCCGAAGAAGGUGCUGCUUUGCACGAAAAAGCUCUCAACCGACUCAAACAUAAGCUUGAGAGGGCAGAGCAAGACCGACAAAUCGUGGCCCGCGGCCGUCAGAACAUUGACAACAUGUCUUCUUCUGAAAAGAGAGACCUCCAAGAUAUGCUGCGCAGGACACAAACCGAGGCAGACGCCCUCGAGCACGACGUUAUCCAGCAGCAGGAAACUAUCGACGCACUGAUGGCCGCCGAAGGCUCCCUCCGCCGCAAGCUUGACAGGGCACGCAGCGAGCGGGCAGCCUACCGCCUGACCGCAGAGAAGCUGCAAAAGGACAUUAGAGAUCUCAAGAAGCUUGCCGCGGCCGAGCAGAAGGACCCGCAAGCCGUCCGCUUUGCAGACGAGAGGAUGCGAGAGACGGACGAGGCGCUCGACACAGUCAUCCGUGCCGCCGAGAACGCGGAAGCCAAGCACACCAAGGAGCUCCGGGGCAUGACGCUGCAGAUGGAGUGGAUGCAGGCGCGGUGGAAGCGCGAGGUCAGCAUGCGGGCCGAUGCGGCGUACGCGAAGAAGUUUUUGCAGCUGGAGCUAGACAUCGCCAACGCUUGCAACAAGGCGCAGCUGCGUGAACUCGAGCAGAUCCGCUGCGAGCUUCUCGGAAGCCGCAAGGCCCUGCCACCCCCGUCGUCGGCGACGGUCAAGAAGCAGGGCACAACGGCAUCCGGGCGGCCGACGCUCAAGACGGUAGCGACGAUGGCGCGCUUCAUCGCCAGGAUGCGCAUCUCGGCGCGUGACUGGGCCAAGCACGAGGCCACGCGCCAGCGGCUGGCGAACUGCGUCGACGAGAUGCGCAAGACCAAGCGGCGAAAGCAGCUGAAGGUGGUGUCGGCAGACGACGUUGUGGCCUGA